AUGGAUUUCGACGACGGAGACCUGAAGGACAUCUGGGACACCGAUCUCGAUGCGAACCUGCAAGACACGCUCAAGAUGUCCAACUACCCCGACAUCCAGGACUGGAUGGACCAGAACUCGAAGCUCCCGCCGGUCAUCCUGAACGACAAGCUGAUGACCGACGCGAUCAUCGGGGCCUGCAUGCCGAUCAAGACCGAGCACUCGUACAGCCUCACCUCGGACGGUGAUUCGCUGCCGGACACGAUCCCCGACUCGCCCCACAGUCUGCAGAACAAAAUGGAUGCAGAUAUGGAGGAGGAGUGCUACCCGGCGAUCAGCAUGAAUGGUGGCAGCAAACAUCAGCACAUCAUCCACAGGCAGGGCCACGUCACCACGCUGGCCAGCGCCGGGCAGAACCGGCCCGACACGAAGCCGCCCACCUUCGCCGGGAUGUCGCUGCUCGUCGGGGGGGGCCAGCAGAGCCUGGCCGUCGCCCAUCACAACUCCGGUCUCGUUAGCAACAACAACAACCACCUCACGGUGAACCACAACCUCGACUUCAAGGACGCGUCACUGCUCGGCCUGAAGGGCCUGGCGGUGACGCUGAACGGUGGCUCGUCCUCGUCCUGCCACGAUUCGUCGUCCUCUUCGACCUCCGCUUCCGACAUCGACAUCGACGAGACCACGGUCAAGGAGGAGCCACUGUCGCCGAGCUCCAGCUGUCCCGGCUCCCCGGUUGGGGCCGGCGGCGGUGGUGGUGAAGGGGGCGGAGGAUCUCACCUCACCAACAGCGCGUUCACCAUCUCCGCCGUCAGCCUCGGUGGCAGCUACGGCCACUCGGACCUGGUGCUCGAGCACAAGAAUGGCACCCUCCAGCUAUCACCCGCUUCGCAGAGUCUGCUCAAGAGCCAGCAGAUCAUCCUCACCACUGGCGGCGGUGCCGUGCAGGUGUCCACCCAGCAGCAGUCCCAGCAGCAGAGUAUCGUCAUGUCCAAGCUGAACAUCAAGAUGGAACCGCAGUCGUCCGGGUUCGGGUUACCGCCCACUCCGCCGUCCUCGUUGCCGAGCGACGAGUCGGAGGGCAACCAGAGCCCGGAACAUCACGUUUCGCCCAUGUCCCCGCCGACCGACAGUGGCGUCAACUCGACGUCCUCCAGCCGCCGAACGUCGCUGCACGCCAGCUCCUCCGGCUCCUCGCCACCGCAGCAGGCCGGCCAAUCCUCCGCCGCCGCCGCCGCCGGCCACCGGGUGUCCUCCGCUAGUCACAGCUCCGCCACCGGCUCCUCGCCGUCCGCCUCUGCGUCCCAGUCGGCGACCACUUCCACGAGGCAACCGAUACACACCCCGCUCAUCAGCAGUCAACCGAAGGGUUCCACCGGAACGCUCAUGCUGACGGAGGAAGAGAAGCGAACGCUGCUCGCGGAAGGAUACCCGAUCCCGACGCGACUCCCACUGACGAAGGCGGAAGAAAAGUCCCUCAAGAAGAUCCGACGGAAAAUCAAGAACAAGAUCUCCGCCCAGGAGAGCCGGCGGAAGAAGAAGGAGUACAUGGACCAGCUGGAGCGCCGGGUCGAGAUCCUGGUGUCCGAGAACCUGGACUACCGGAAGCGGGUCGAGUCGCUCGAGGACUCCAACCAGAAUCUGAUGACGGAGCUGUCGAAGCUGCGGCAGCUCAUCAGCCGGCAGGCGGGCAUCCGCAAGGCGUAA